AUGGCAUUUUUAAGAAUUCAAACAACAAAUAAAAUAGUGUUAAUGUGUUCUACAUUGCUUAUGGCAUUUGGUAUAACAAUUAUUGUUAUUGGAGUUGGAAUGGGAUUAUAUCUUGAUAAAUUAUUUGAAUUAUUUAGUAUUUUACCUUCAUACUCAUUCUCGAUUUAUUUAUACGCUGGAAGUGCAUUAUUUUUAUUGUCAAUAUCUGCAUUUAUUCAUGCAGUAGCAAAAUAUAAUAAACCAGUAUUAAUUAUUUUGUUAUGUGCUUGUAUUUUUGUUGCUUUAAUUGAAUUAUGGACAUUAAGUACUGCUUAUCAAAAUAUGCUUCAUACUCCAAAAUGUAUGGAAAAUCUUUAUGACUCAACUACAAAAGGUAUUCGACGUGAAAUUAAUUUAAAAUUUGCAUGUUGUGGAUGGAAAUCAUAUAAUGCUAAUAGUUGUUCAUUUACUUCAACAGAUAGAAAAGUUGCAUGUUAUGAUGAAAUGAUCUAUCCAAUUAAUGUGAAUUAUGUUAUGAUGAUAGUUUUAAUUACUCUUGCUACACUAUUCCUUCUUCUUUUCAUUGUAGUGUUAUUCUUCCAACUCUUUACAUUCCCUGCUUUCCCACCAGCAAAAAAAGAUAAAAAUACAGAACCAUUAAUGGAAUAA